UCUCGAGAGCAGCGGCCGCGGCGGCUCCUGCGUUGGCUAUACCGACAAGUAUCUCUGUGGCAUCUCUCUCUGUGUGUGCCGAGAGAUGUUUUACGGAUUUUACGUGUUUGCGUUGUGAUGCGAACAGAGGAAGAAAACAGCGGCCCAGUUUCGCUGCCAGCUCCUGUCAAAUCGGCGGUGUGAGUAGUGACAGAACAUCUCCGGAUAUGGUGCAGCGGAAAGUAAGCCCGCUACGGCGGUGCCCAGCGCAGUGACGUACCGUGUGAUCGUGUGCUACAUGGCGAAAGCUCACUUCGCACGGCGACGAUCAGCCCCGCGCCGACGACUCCGUGCCCCGUCGACCCUAUGACCAUUAACCGAUACAAAAAGAUGAGACAGCGUAAGGGCUUCACGGCGCCCUGCAGCGGGACGGCAGCGAGGAGCAAGGGCCUGCAGCUGCGCACCGCUCGCCGAUCGUGGCCAUGAGCUCGCCCCUACAGCCAGCAGCAACCACCGGCGAUGGUCUCGGCUGCAACCGGCGCAGGUUCCUCUGCCGGGAGUGGGCGUUCGCCAAGCUGGCCCACUGCCUUGACCAGCGACCUGCGUCCAAGACGUGUGGUGCGCUGGUGGUCGGUGGGCCGGGCUGUGGCAAGACGGCCUUUUUCCAGGAGAUUGCACAGCCAACAGUGGCCGACCCAGAGGCGCGCCAGCAUGUGCUCAGCCGGCGCCUGCUGGCGCACCACUUUUGCCAAGCUCACGACACGCGCACCCUGGCCGUGGCCUCGUUUGUGCUGGGCCUAGUGCGUCAGCUGUGCAGGUGUGAACAAGUGGGCCUGCUGAGCGGCUACCGGGACCGGCUGCGUGAGGCUGAGGCUGCCCUUGAGCCUGCGGUGUGCGCGCGCUGGCCCGAUGAAGCAUUUAAAAAGGCUGUGCUGUUUCCGCUGCUCGAGAUUGAGCCACCUGAGCAGCCAUGUCUGCUGCUUGUGGACUCAGUCGACGAGUCGCUCCUUGUCCAGGUGAACAUCUCUGGUAUGACAGGCAAUGGCAGUCAUCGCCGCCAUCGCCACCACCAUCACCACCAUGGUGGUGAACAGAGGCACCACACUUCCUCUGAGGGUGGCAGAGGCAGCCGCACAAUUGCCGAGCUACUGGCUGCCCACCAGCAGCUGUUCCCACAGUGGCUGUUGCUCGUCUGCUCAGCACGCAGGCAGAGCAAGACCAUCACACGGAUGUUUACUGGCUUCAGAAAGAUCAGCCUGGAUGACCUUCGCAAGGCAUCCGUAGUGCGGGACAUGCAGCAGUACAUCUUGGCACGGCUGGAUGGUGAGGAAGCACUGCGCCAGCAGCUGGGUGCCCGUGACACAGCAGAGGCCCUGAACCAGCUGCACAUCAAGAGCAAUGGAUGCCUGCUGUACCUUGAGUGUCUGCUUGAUGGUGUUGCCCAGCGGUGGGUGACGCUGCGCGAGAUACGACACAUUCCAGGCACCCUCAAUGGCCUCUACUUGUGGCUCUGCCAGCGCCUCUUCCAGCGGCGGCAGUUCUUGCGCGUGCAACCGGUUCUGCACGUGCUGCUGGCAUCUGCGCAGCCCUUGACAGCAGACGAGCUGUUUUUGUGCCUGUGGACCCGCAACCAGCUGCUGACCCGCGAUGAGUUCAGCCGACGGUUGGCGCUGCUCUCACGGCUGCUCGUGGAGCGUGAAGACGGCUGUUUGCUGCUCUUUCACCACAGCUUCGCCGAGUGGCUGCUUGAUGUGAAGCACUGCACCCAGAAGUACCUCUGCCACGCGGCCGAAGGGCACGCCAUGCUCGCCAUGAUGCAGACGCUACGAGGUCCCCAUCUGCCCCCCACACAGGUGCAAGACUUGGCCCACCACUUGCUGCGGCUACCAGCCUGUGAUGCUGUUGAGCCCCACCACCUGCCCCUGUGGCUGCUCUACUCGGAUGUACCUCUGGAGUGGGCAUUCUGCCCCACUGUCGGCAGUGUGGUCAUCCCGAGGGACCCAGCAGUGCUCAGGCUGUUGUUGGAAGCAGGUGCCAGGCUUCCAACAGAUACAGCAUCUGCCAGCAUGGCGGGGUCAGAUGACGGUGGCUCACCUGUGCCCUCGAUGCCCCCCGACCCCCUGGAUGCCCUACUGGGUUCGGGGGCAUCGGUGGAUGAUGUGGAUGGAAACCAGCGGUCACUGUUGCAUACAGCUGCCUAUGAAGGAGAUGCUGCGCUGGUGGAGCGACUUCUGGAGGCCAAGGCUUCCCUGGAAUUGGCUGACAGAAAUGGCCAGACGCCACUCAACUUAGGUUUGUUGAAUGGACAAACUGUGAUGUUUUCGCCAGACGUAUGGUGUCUUGAAGAGCAGUUUAACUUAGGUUGUCAUAAAUCAGCAUGCUGUCAUUGUUUUAUGCAGGUUGACCACAUCUGUGUGGAAGGCGCCACAGCCCUGGGCAUUGCCUCUCAGGAAGGCCACGAAGCAGUCGUGCGUGCUUUGCUUGAGCAUGGGGCUGACCCUUCCCAUGCCGACCAGUGUGGCCGAUCUCCGCUGCGCGUUGCGACCAAGGCGGGGCACCUCAACGUUGUCCGACUCCUCGAAGAAAGCCUGGCACUGGGCCGCUCAACCCAGGCCUUAGGCUCUGUUAGUACGUCAUCGCUCGCUUCUGCAGCUUCUACUGCACCAUGUGCUGCCCCUCUCUUCUGCCCAGAGUCUCCAGAAUCAACGAGUGACAAACGUCGUUCACUUGCAUCCACCCACUCCGACUCUAAAUCAUCGAGCAAUCGGACCGACUCAACAGCUCGCUCCCAACACAAUGCUGGUGUUACCACCUUGGCAGAGCCUGGUGCAACCAGCCUCAGCUUCACCCAGCAAAUACAGCAGUGCACACGUUCGCGGCACCGUGCAAGCCGGGUUCUUUCACCCCUCAAUAGUGAGGGUCGUUCGCCGUCCAGUCCUACAAGCUGCAACUGGCCGCCGGCAGCUGUUGUGCCACCGCGCCGGGGCCCGCUGCCAGAUCUUCCCGUCAUGGCCGUGGAUGCACGGCCAAGGCGUAAUGGCAUUGUUACCAAUCCCAACUGUAAAGGGAACAAGCGCUCCACGUCCGAUCAGUUGCACAGCAAAGUGGCCAACUACAGGGAGGGAGUGAAGGGGCCAGUGCUUCCCGUGAAGAAAGAGACACCCUUGUAACAGUUGACUUGCGCAACGGUUGCAUUAUUCUUCUGUGCUGCCUUGCAUGCUUGCGCGCAGGUGCAAUGCAGUAGCUGUAGUACUGUGGUGGUGUGCUGUAUGAGAGUUGCAAAGCCACACUGCAGUCACUGUUUUGCCAGGGUUAAGGGAUGCACAUCAACAACACAACCUGCAUGUGGUCCUUAUCUGCAAGCAGUGGCACCUGCUACAUGCAAAGGAGCGUGCAUCAGUGCAGGGCUCGGUGGCGCCAAGAGAGCAGCUGCCGUCAUGACAGCUCUGUGGGUAGCCCACCAUUCCCGUGGGAAUGCGCGCACUGUGCCUUUAUUUGAAGAGUUUGUUUGCAUAGGUGCUUCUUUGUGGGCAGGUUUCUGGAACACCCAGAAUGCUCUUGUUUUGUGGUCAGUCUUUACACGCCUGUUGAUGAAAAAUGUAGCACUUCGUUGCUUUGCAAAGGACUGCAUACUUUGUUUGCUGAACAGCAUGAACAUCACUCCUUGUGCUAAUUACCUUUUCCUUUGAACAGAUAGUAUCAUUUUAAUAAAUUAAAUAUAGGUAAAGGUUGUUCAGCUGCAGACUUUGAUGAUGUUUCUCUGUACAAGCAGGCCUGGUGGAUUGUUGAACAUCUUGUCAGAAAAGCACGAUUCCAUCACUCACACCUGCUGCAUCUCAAUUGUGAAGGAGCACAUAUUUCUAUAAAAACGAAAGAACAGUGUAAUUAAUGACCACACAUUGAUGCUCGAAAGGUUAUGCAGUGCAGGAUAAAAGAGGUACAAUGAAAAACCAUUACGGAUGGCACUUUCACAAAUAUUAUGAGAAGUAGCAUUCAGAUGCUGGUUGCUCUUCUCAUCCACAAUGGAAUGCAUAGACAGUGGAAUAUAAAGGUCUGUGCAUGGGUGAUGUCGAAAAAGGCAUGCUUUCAUUUGCGUGCAACUAUCUCUUAAGCAGGGUUGUAAAUUAUUUUGUUACUGUAUAGAUUUUACAUAAAAGGCAUUUUACUUAUCGCACCAUUAUUAUUUUUGUGAAAUGUUGUCUCAAUAAUGUUCUUUCUAAGGGUGUUUGUGGCUGCCAAAGCCAUUUUCAUGCUGGCAUAACAAAGGCGGACUUUUGGCACUUGUCCAUAACAGCAACCGAGUCAAAGCAGUGCAUUACAAAAAUUUAUUACAGUGCAUGCGGAUUCAGUCUGGACAGUAAAUGUAGAUGGUUUGCUCCUAUGAGGGCUGUGGGGAUGUCAUGUACUUUAACUGGGCUUUAUAAAGGGAGCAAAGUUAUAGCAAUUGCAAAUGAAUUACCAUGGCAAGUUUUUCAUGCAAGCUUUUACCUUUAUGAAAAACAGGCUCAAUAUGAAAAUCAUUUUGCAAAUAUUUUCAUUGAAUCAAUUUGCAAGCUCUGAUUACUUUAAAAUAUGCUAGCAGGGAUGAUGUAGAUUUAAAGCUUAUAUGAUAAACUCUCAUAUGAACCACAUUUUGUUUGAUCUGUAUUAACUUACCCUGUCCUGUUCAUUUCUUUGUUGCCAUUGGUUACCCUUUAUUACACUGGACGAGUGAUUUGGAAGCAGCUGCUGCUGCUGACCGAACAAUGCAAAACCUAGUCACAUUCAAGAGGCCAUAGAGCACUGAAAUCUAGCAGUAAGGGUGAACGGUGCUUUCGUGUAAAGGUGUCUCUAACCCUUGUUGCAACAUCUAAAGGAACAAUGGAGUUAACUUGCUGCAAUGGCUCCUCAGCAAGCACACUUCCCUGAACAGUUUUCUGAUGUUGCAACUAUGUGGAGGCACAUGUGGCAAGGCACGUUUUCUAAAUGAGACUAAAAAUAAAUGGGUCAAAGCUAGGAAACCUCAAAUUUAUCACCCAUAUGCUAUGCACACAAGGAAGUGAACAAGCCCAGCAGGGCAGCUUGUACACAACUUAUUUUGCUUUCUGUGUUGAAUCUGCAGUCAUGACCAUAUGAAACAUUUUAAGAGGGGUGUUUGUUGGUAUGGCAUUGAUCACCGACAAUUUAAACUCGCUUCUGCAUUAUUGCACAUUUUGGGAUCCCAAUCUGUUCUGUGCAAGUGUCCAUUGGGCAUUCGUUUCUUAAAGGAACUGUGUACUCAGUACAUGGAAGUAGUUCUGCUUUUCAUUUUUUAUAAGGCACACAUUCAGUGUAAUGCUUUGGUGUCCAAAGAGCAGAAUUUGUUGGAAUCAUUGCAUUGCAAGUACUGUUUGACAUGUCUAGUCAGUCUCCGCUUGUCGCUUGACUUUCCUACGUGGCCUCGUGCUGAUUGAGCCAACAAUGGAAAUAUCUUCGUAUCUCAAGACAGUUGUACAGAACAAAGCAAUAGAAGUUGAUCGUUCGGACCAAAUACAGAUUGGGCAAUACAAGUUUUUUUGUUGCCAGAGGUCUUGCAAGAGACCAGUUUAGCUGCACUGGCUCGUUUUAUUUUUGCAGUCAACCCACGUUGCCCGUUUCCCCAUGGUUAGUGUGACAAUCUUUGUGCUCUUGCGACACCAUCAGUGAAAUGAGAUUAUGUUAGAACUCUGCCAAUUUCAAAUUGUGCUGGAAUUUCACGCAACAUUCAUAGUUCCAACUGGCUUUACAACCUUGUGGUAGCAGUAAUUUCCAAAUAUGUAGGAAAAGUUUAGGCAUCCCAAGGAAAUGUCCAAAUAGUCUAAUAGGAGUAAACCUAGGUUUAUACUACUACUUCUGGUAACUAAAGAGGCGUAACAUAUGAACAGCUUUGUGUAGACAGCUCUGUGAAAUCUGUGCACGCUGCUUCAGCAGGAAGUCGUUGCUGGAUGGCGGCCCUUGCACAUCAUGAUACAAACGUGAUAUUCAUAGUCUAAACAUCUUGAAAACAAAGCACCGACUGCAAAUGCACUGUCGAUGCGUCACAGAGAUAUGGUUAUGAGCAAAAAAGUGCUGCCAUGCUUGCUCCUAAAGCUUUGUGCUUUCAUUGUUGAAUGGGGAGCCUGUGUGCGAUCGUGUAGCCUAAACUGAAGGUUGCUUGUGCAGCGGAUUUAGUUUUGACAAAUAAAAAUGCUUGUAAGAAAGUUA